UCCAGCCGGAAGGGGGAUGUGAUGCAAAAAUCACAGUGAAAACUUUUGGAUGAUCCCUGAGAUUUUGUAGGAAAAUAGCCGCUUAAAAUAAACAAGGAUUGUGGAGUUAAUGAAAGCCAAGGUUGGGUGACGGAAUCCGGGACACGCGGUGUAAACCGUUCAGACACCGAAAUUCAUGGGAAUUGGAGCCCCAGGUUAAUCCUGGCCUAGAGCAUCAAACCGUCCCUGUAACCAACUGGAACUGAUCUCGGAUACAAUCCUAUCCUGCGGCUAGAUGUUUAUUUGGGAGAUGAGAAGCUGUAUCCAGAAGUGAAAUGUAGGUGUAUGACGCACUGGAGCUCGCUGGACGUCCCCCCACCUUCCUGGCCCCCCAGAAUGUUUCUCUGCUUGCUGUCUCUCGCACUUUUAACUGGAGGUUCCAAAGCUGAAGUCAUUCCUUCAAUAUGUCGAUACGCUCUGGGAAUGCACGACAGGACGAUACGCGAUGAGGAUAUUACUGCAUCCAGUCAAUGGUAUGAGUCAACUGGACCGCAGUACGCAAGACUGCAGAGGGAGGAAGGCGAUGGAGCAUGGUGCCCAGCUGGUCUGCUACAGCCAGAGGACGUGCAAUUCCUGCAGAUCGAUCUCCACAAGCUAUUCUUUGUCACACUUAUUGGAACCCAAGGACGUCACGCAAGGGCCACCGGCAAGGAAUUUGCCCGGUCCUACAGAGUAGACUAUAGUCGAAAUGGAGAGCAGUGGCUUUCCUGGAAGGACCACCAAGGCCACCAGGUGAUGAAAGGUAAUGUUGAUGAAUAUGAAGUGGUCCUUACCGAUCUUCGACCUCCAAUAAUUGCUCGAUAUAUCCGUGUGAUCCCUGUCACCAAAGUACCUAUGACGGUCUGCAUGAGGGUGGAGUUUUAUGGCUGCGUCUGGUUUGAUGGCUUGACAUCUUACAGCAUUCCUGAAGGUGAGACGUUUAUGACUCCUGGAAACCCAGUGGCCUAUCUGAAUGACUCUACCUAUGAUGGCUACCUGAAGAACAGGAGGCUCUCCGGUGGCUUGGGCCAGUUGACAGAUGGUGUUGUGGGACUGGAUGACUUCUUCCAAAGUCAUCAAUAUCGCGUUUGGCCAGGCUACGAUUACAUUGGCUGGAAAAACGACAGCACUCGUAACGGAUAUGUGGAGAUGGAGUUUAAUUUUGACAGACCCAGGAAUUUCACAUCCAUGAAGGUUCACUGUAACAACAUGUUUUCCAAGGGGGUGAAGAUCUUUCAGAGGGCGGAAUGCCUCUUUAAAUCUCGCCUGCAGUCGGACUGGGAACCGGAGCACGUGGGUGAGGUUAUGGUGGUGGACGAUAAAAACCCCAGCGCACGGUUUGUCACUAUCCCGCUGCAGCAGAGAGUUGGAAGCACCAUCCUUUGCCGCUUCUACUUUGCCGAUCUAUGGAUUAUGUUCAGCGAGAUUACCUUCCAGUCAGAGAUGGAUAUCGCGCUGCCCACACUGGUUACUCUACCGCCAACCACUGCCAGCGCUGGAACCACUGAGACACCCACAAUGAACACUACUGAAAGGAAAACCGAAACCACUUUCCCAUUCACCAUCAGCCGACCAUUAGGCAAAACUGAUGAGUCUCGGACCUCUGUUCUGAUUGGCUGCCUGGUGGCAAUUAUUCUCCUACUUGUGGUGAUAAUAGUUCUCAUUCUCUGGAAGCAGUAUAUACAGAAACGGCUGAAUAAGGCCCCACGUCGAAUUCUAGAGGAAGACGCCACUGUUCGUCUCUCUUUUUACAGCUAUACCAUCGGUAACAAUAACCAGACCCAAAUUCACCAGUCGAACCCCACCUAUGAGAGGAUAUUUCCUCUGGACCUGGAUUAUCAACAGCCCACCAAACCACUACGGAAGCUGCCAGAACUUUCUCAAAGUGCUGAGGAUUCAGCUUGCAGUGGUGACUAUGCCGAGCCGGACUUGACCAAGUCUACUCCACACCAAGGGUUCCAGAACAGUGUUCCCCACUAUGCAGAGACCGAUAUUGUGAACCUACAGGGUGUGACAGGCAAUAAUAUGUACGCCGUGCCAGCCCUCACGGUGGACUCUCUCACUAAGAAGGAUAUCAGUGUCGGCGAGUUUCCACGGAAUCAGCUGCGAUUGAAGGAGAAACUUGGCGAGGGGCAGUUUGGAGAGGUCCAUCUAUGUGAGGUGGAAGGUCUCCUGGAUUUCCUGGAAAUGUCCUCCAGUGAGUUCUGUAACCAGCCGGAUUUAGUGGCUGUGAAGAUGCUGAGACCAAAUGUCACGAAGACUGCCAGGAAUGACUUUUUAAAAGAGAUAAAAAUAAUCUCUCGCCUCAAGCAUCCCAACAUUAUCCGCUUGUUGGGGGUCUGCGUACGAGACGAUCCGCUCUGUAUGAUCACAGAAUAUAUGGAGAAUGGCGAUCUCAAUCAGUUCCUGUCUCAGAGAGAGAUCCGCAGUCAGUUUACUACCGCCAACAACAUCCCGUCUGUAAGCGUGCAGAACCUGCUCUAUAUGAGCACGCAGAUCUCCUCUGGGAUGAAGUAUUUGGCAUCACUAAAUUUCGUGCAUCGAGACCUGGCCACGCGGAACUGCCUAGUGGGAAAUAGUUACACCAUCAAGAUAGCAGAUUUUGGGAUGAGCCGGAACUUGUACAGUGGGGACUAUUACCGUAUUCAGGGCCGAGCCGUACUGCCCAUUCGUUGGAUGGCCUGGGAGAGCAUUCUACUGGGUAAGUUCACCACGUCGAGCGAUGUCUGGGCGUUCGCCAUCACCCUGUGGGAGAUGUUUACUCUGUGUAAAGAGCAGCCGUACAGUGUACUGUCAGACGAGCAAGUUAUUGAGAACACAGGAGAGUUCUUCCGGGACCAGGGGAGACAGAUCUAUCUCUCACAGACCCCUCUAUGUCCUAGUCCGAUCUUCGAUUUGAUGAUGAAGUGUUGGAGCAGAGACAUCAAAGAUAGACCAACCUUUGAGACUAUCCAUCAAUUCCUGAUAGAGCAACUGGAUUCCACUGUCUAAACCGGAAUGGACUUUCUUCCAAAGAAACUGGGUGAAAAGACCCAAUCACAAGAGGCAGGUUGUUGAAGUGCCUCCCAACUCAUCUGGAGUUAAACUGGACUGGGCCUUAGUUUUCUAGUUGUAGAUGUAGAAGGACCAAGAAACAAUGAUCUGUUGCAGUGCUGGAAGGUUUCCUGGGACCAUACCGGAAGCCUCUGUCUACACUAAGCAUUAAGCACCUACAGUUACUAUAACUGAUUGGAAAGGGUGGGUACAAUGUAAUACCGCCCAGAAGCGUGAGACACAUUACCAUGGAGGGAUAAACGUCUCCAGAGCUGGGAUUCAGGACAGGAAUAAGAUGUGAGAAAUGGGAUUGCUGCCCACUGAAAAGUACCACUACGUUCUGAGUGUAUAUGUAUAUGUAUAUGUGUAGAGUGUGUGUGUAUAGUUAACACGGGAAGGGUAUUGCCAUCACACUAUUUCAGAAGAUCUUUGUAUAUUUAUUUCAUCCUAUCACCAAAAAAACAGUGCAGUUUGUACAUAGAAUUAAUAUAAUGUGUUUGUGUCAUUUGUUUGUCAUGAGUUAUGAAUAGUGGCCUCUUAAACACCACUACCUACAUCCCGGCACACAGUAUACUGUGGUAGAACAAUGACCAGUAUCAACAUCCUGACACACAAAAUAUCAUGGUAGGACAAUGACCGCCACCAAUAUCCUGACACAGAGUAUCAUUGUAAGACAUUGACCUGUAACAAUAACGCAAAAUAUUGUUUUAUCAUUAUCAAUAUAAUUUCAAACAUCAGUACCGACACACCAUAUAUUCUGGUAGAACAAUGACCGGUAUCAACAUCCCAACACACAGAAUAUCGUAGUAGUAUAAUGACAGGUACCAACAUCCCGACACACAGAAUACUGUGGUAAGACAAUGACCAGUAUCCACAUCCCAACACACAGAAUAUCUUGGUAGAACAAUGACCACCACCAAUGUUCUUACACAGAAUAUAAUGGUAGGAUAAUGACCGGUAUCAACACCCUGACACACAGAAUAUCGAAGUAGGAAAAUGACUGGUAUUAAACAUUCCUGACACACAGAAUAUUGUGGUAGGACAAUGACCGGUAUCAACAACCCCACACGCAGAAUAUCGUGGUUGGAUAAUGAUCAGUACCAACAUCCCAACAUACAUAAUAGUGUGGUAGGACAAUGACUGGUAUCAAUAUCCCAACACACAUAAUAGUGUGGUAGAACUAUGACCAGUAUCAACCUUUCCAACACACAUAAUAUUGUUGUAAAACAGUGACCAGCACCAAAAAUAUCACGACACACAGAAUAUUGUUGUAUUACAAUGACUGGUACAAACAGGUAGACAUACAGAAUAUUGUGGUAAGAUAUUGACUGGUACCAACAUCCUGACACAGAAUAUCAU